AUGGAGGAUUGCCUUCAUACCUCAUCUGAGAAUCUGUCCAAAUUGGUCAGCUGGGCCCACAGCCAUGGGACCAUUUGCAGCCUCAUUCCAAACCUGAAACACUUGCUUUCAGAAGGUUCCCAUGGGAACCUCACAGCAAUGUGGGGCUGUAGUGCUGGCCAUGCUUAUCACUGGCCACUGACAGCUACUUGCAGAGCUGGGUCCCAAGAAAGGGUCUGUUUCCAGGAUAACAGAAGUUUUAACUCUGAUAGUCCCAGUAUAAUCGGAGUGCCCUCCGAGACACAAACUAGCCCUGUUGAAAGGUACCCUGGGAGACCAGUGAAAGCGAAGCUAGACUGUAAUCGGACCAGAGACUCUUGUGACUUCUCUUAUUGCAGUGAGCCCUCUGAACUGGAUGAAGCUGUUGAAGAAUAUGAAGAUGAAAACACCCUGUUUGACAUGGUUUGUGAGUCUUCUGUUACAGAUGAGGAUAGUGACUUUGAACCCCAAACCCAAAGGCCUCAAAGCAUUGCUCGAAAAAGGCCUGGAAUAGUUCCAUCUUCUCUCCAUUCCAGCUCCCACGCUCAAAUGGUUGAUGAAUGCAGCAAUGAUGUCAUCAUUAAGAAAAUCAAACAAGAGAUUCCUGAGGAUUAUUACAUUGUGGCGAAUGCAGAGCUGACUGGAGGGGUAGACGGACCAGCCCUGUCAUUGACACAGAUGGCAAAACCCAAGCCUCAGACUCAUGCUGGUCCCUCUUGUAUAGGGUCUGCUAAGCUGAUUCCCCAUGUAACAUCUGCCAUCAGCACAGAGCUAGACCCACAUGGUGUGUCUGCAUCCCCCUCUGUGAUGUCCAGACCGAUCGUCCAGAAGGCUGCCAGGGUAUCUCUGGCUUCACCAAACAGAGGACCUCCCAGUGCCCAUGGCACCAACCAGCAGGUGGCCAUGCAGAUGCCUGUGAGCACAUCCCAUCCUAACAAACAGAUCAGCAUCCCUUUGUCUGCCCUGCAACUGCCUGGACAGGAUGACCAAAUUGCUUCUGAAGAGUUCCUGCCCCAUCUGCCCAGCCAGGUCUCCUCCUGUGAGGUAGCUCUUUCUCCCUCAGUUAACACAGAGCCAGAAGUGAGCUCCAGUCAGCAGCAGCCCCCAGUCGCUCCAACCGUAACUACUGAGGCCACAGCACAGUGCAUACCAGCCUAUUCUACUAAGCUCAACAAAUUUCCUGUAUUUAAUAUUAAUGAUGACUUGAAUGAUCUGUGUACCAGUGCAGUAAGCCCAAACACUACCAAAGCCACACGAUAUGCCCUGAAUGUGUGGCGAUAUUGGUGCAUGACCAAUGGGCUCAAAGACCACACGGACAUCACCAAGAUCCCCGCGGCGAAGUUGAAUGAGCUACUCGAGAAUUUCUAUGUCACCGUGAAGAAGAGUGACGGCUCCGACUUCCUGGCCACCUCGCUGCACGCCAUCCGCCGGGGCCUGGACCGCAUCCUGAAGAACGCAGGUGUGGGCUUCUCCAUCACCAGCAGCACCUUCAGCUCUUCCACCAAGAAACUCAAGGAGAAGCUGUGGGUGCUGAGCAAGGCAGGGAUGUCAGGGGCUCGUUCCCGCAAUAUUGUCUACUUCUCUCUUUCUGAUGAGGAGGAGAUGUGGCAAGCAGGGUGUCUAGGGGAUGACAGCCCCAUUACUCUCUUGUCCACCGUGGUCAAGUACAACAGCCAAUACCUGAACAUGCGGACACUGCAGGAGCAUGCAGAUCUGAUGUAUGGUGACAUUGAGCUGCUCAAAGACCCACAGAACCAGCCCUAUUUUGCCCGGACAGACAGUGUCAAGCGGGAGAGCCGGAGCAGUUCCACGAGAGUGUGUCAUGGGAAAAUCUACCACGAGCAUUCCAGGGGACACAAACAGUGCCCUUACUGCCUCCUCUACAAGUACAUGUACAUCCACCGGCCGCCCACCCAAAUGGAGGCCAAGUCCCCUUUCUACCUGACGGCCAGGAAGGAGGCCGCAGACAUGGGCAGCGUGUGGUCUCCAGGAGGCUUGGCUCCCACAGUUGCUGUCAUUGUUCUGUCAGCAUCUCGCAGUGGACCUGUAAAACGACUAGCGGUAAUUUUUUGACUUAACCAGGAAAAUCCAACAAAGCAAGCUGCAAAGAACACCCCAAAAUACAUUCAUUAAAGAGCUCUGAAAUAUGUUUGUCAAAGUAUGACUUUUGCAGCCACAGUAGAUGUCAUCAUGUGGGGUUGGCACCACUGCUUGGGACAUGAUGACGUGCGCAGCCUACCAGGUAAGCAGGCUCAGCCUUAUGGACAAAGUCCUAAAAACCGGAGCACGGUGACAGGCUGUUAAUGCGGUUUGGAAUCAUCUCACUCAGGUAAACUUCAACCUGACUACAUGCUGCUGAAACAUCAGCAGAAUUUUCUAAUAACCACUCUGAAUGAUAAGUGAAAAAGGAGCCCAAAGAGUGGUAAUUAAUAAUAAUAAUUUCCAGAAAUCUUCAUUUUGUAUUUGAGGAGAGACUGCUACAGCUUUAUAUCAGUAUGCUCCUGCGUGUGCUUUCUAAUCCAAACUUAAAAUCCCAAUAUGAAUUCAUUUUUCAAGAGUCCCAAAAUCAGUCCUGUCUCUUUUUCAAAACAUUAUUUUAGUAUUUAUUCUAAUUAAUUGUUCUUAAAUAGCAUUCACCAGUCAUUGAAAUAUGUAAUACUUCCUUUACCAGAAAAGACUCAGCCAAUGCUGCCUUAAGGUUCAAUGUUUUCCCCUCCCUUUUGAGUUAAACUGCACAUUUAUAAUUUUGUUUACCAGGUGAUCUUUCCUGAAUAUGGGUUAAUUUGGGUUUGUCUCCAUGUGUAUAUAAAUAACAGGCAAUACUGAAUACUCAGUGUUAUGACUUGAUAUUGCGUACUUUUCUGUUGUGAUUUUCUAUAGUGAUUUUAGUGUUAUGUUUAAAAAGAGACACAAAGCAUUAGGUACAGUUUUCUUUAGUU